AUGCUCGGCAGAACCUAUGUUGACAUCCUCAACUUCCUCCAGUAUGAGUUCACUCUUCCAGAGACUGAAGAAACCUGGAAAAAGCGCCAAGACCUCCUUGUCGAACUUGCUGCAUUCUUCGACAGCCGCAAGGACAACAGUGUCUUGCCCAAAGACUUUGUCGAACGUGUCAAGGCCAUCUUGCCUGACAUUGUCACCGCCGCCUCUUCGGAGCGUACUACCUUAUCUGCUCAAGCCUGCCGCGUCGUCUGUUGCAUUGCAAAGCACCUUGAGUCCCAGAUCCAACCUCAGCUGGACAUGCUCCUUUCCCAGCUCAUCAUCCACUGCGGUUCUGCCAAAGGCGUCAAUCAGAAAAACGCCAAUGACGCAAUCGUCACCAUUUGCAAGCAUGCCGGCUACAGCCCUCGCCUUUUCUACCAUGUCUGCGCGGCGUUCAGAGACAAGCGUAUUCCUCCUCGUACCUAUGCCCCAGAGUGGCUCCGAAUCCUUCUUUCGUCCUAUCGCACCCAAAUGGAUCGGGAGAAAGAUGGCGAGGCAGCCAAGACAGCCAUUUACCAAGGUCUCACCGACGGCCAAGUCAAAGUCCGCGAGAACAGCCGUGCUGUCUACUGGGAGUACGCGACAUAUGACGUUCAGGGUGCCCGCAUGAUCAUGGGUGGUCUCAAUCCUCAUGCUCAAGCUGCGCUCCGUGAAGACUCUCACAACCCCGACAAAACUGCCGCGAAGCUCGCCAGAGCCCCACGUCCAGACUCAGCUCUCGCCUCCAUCAAGGCUCAAAACAAACAACGCCUUCAACAGCGCCGUGGCUUCACACCGGCCUCUGUCAAACCAGACGACUUUGUAUUUGGCUCCAUGGAAGACCUCGACGCCCCUACAUACAAGAAGUCUGCACCAAAGGCCGGCGCUGAAGCUGCAGGCGAGAGACAAGAGAAACGUGCCCCGGAACCUCACCAUGCAGGUCAUCAGAGCGACUCUGCAGGAAGCUCUCGUCAAGGCAUCUCUGUCCAGCCUCGCACAACCACCAAAGUAUCCAAGGACACCAAGCUCGAGACUUCGAAAGAGCAGAAGGCAUCAAGCUCACAGGCCGACGCACGUCCAUUGCUCUCUGCACCAGUCAGACGAGGUCGUAUCGUCGCCACUCCCAUGACCAACCCUUCACAACGUCCUGGAUCUCGCGGAGAACCUAGCAAGAAGUCCUCCGAAGUCAAGGACAAGUCACUCCCAGACAAAUCAUCUGGCCGUCAGACUCCAAUCACAGUUGACGAGAAAGACGUGCUGUCGUCCUCUGUCAUUCAUCAUCGCAAAACAGCAAGCCGCCAUGACGCCGUCAGACUCGACGACAAGGAUCUUUCAGUCACCAGCAUUUUGCAAAACAUCAAAAGAAGCAGUCAGCAACAGACUCCUGUCGUCGCAAAGUACAAAGAGUCGUCUGGCCAUCCAACAACCCAGUCCACCAAAAAGACUGAGCGUCCAACUCAUGUGGUCACCGACGAUCAGGAGCCGCCUACUCUCGCACCCGUCCCACCCAAGAAGCCUACCCUGCCCAUUGCCGUACUCGCCGAGGACAAGGCGGGAUCAGCUUCUGUUUCAUCCAAGUCCAGCAAGGAGACAAUGGCUGCCGAGCAAGUCACAGAACAACUCGUUCUGCCAGUAACACUCCCUCUCCGUCCCGUCAAGGCAUUUCCACAAGAAAAACACUCCGCUCUUCCCUCGACUGAACGCUCCCUUGAUAAAGAUUCCAGUCGCCAACAUGUUGCCGAAGGCAAAGAAAACUCCUACGUUAUCCGACCUCGCAAGAGAACAUCACCUACCACAUCACCGCGUCGUUCUCCUAAUCGUUCCUCCAACCAGUCACCAAAACGAUCUCCCCGCCACAAUAGUAUUGCGGCGUCGGCCAAGAAAUCACUUGCCACGGCAACGGAGUACCUCCGUCAUGGCAGUCUCGAUGCUCUCGGUUACCGCAGGCUUAGAAAGCUUAUUGAAGACCAUCCGGGCGUCUUGAUCACCAGCCAGACACAGUUCAACGACUUGUUCGAACUGCUGAUUGGCAAGCUGGCAUCUCUCGAUGAACUUGUCGAGCCCCGAGAAAAGAGACUCGAGACUCUCAGCCAUCCCGCCUACCACCGACACACUAUUCUCCUCAUCAUCUUCCUCCUGUUUCGGCAAUAUCCUCACUGGCCGGAACCGCAACCUGGCAUGACCCUUUCAGCACUCCUGAUCGCCAGAUGCAAUCACAGUUCCGGUUAUAUUGCAACCUUGCGAGCAAUUGACAACGCGGCUGAAGUCCUAUGCACCUCCACUGAAGACCUUCUUCCCUCCAUCGAUGCAGUCCUCGAUACCCUAGAACAGAUCGAACAUAUCAUUACCACGAAUGACCCUAUUGUUACCCCUAUGUCUACCACCACUGUCCUUUCCACCAGUCUGCAGAGUCUUGCAUCGGAAUUUGGGCCUGAACGCCCCCGCUUCUCGAACAGACUCCCUAUUAUUAUGGCCUUUGGAUUGAGAGUCCUCUGCCUCCUCCUCGAGCGCCUUGCUUGCCGCGGCCAAACCCUCUAUACCAUCCAAGAAGACCGACUGGGCUCAUUUGCCGAACACCUCCUCGUUACCUACACCUCCCUCAUCAAACGAUAUGUGCUAGACUAUUGCACCGCACUGCAUGCGGUGAUCAAACCAGAAAAGCGAUUCUACCAGUACUUCAGGAACGAGUCUGACAGAAACCUCAUCAACUACUUUGUUGCUGGACAUCAGGACGUGGAGAUGCAGGAUGUGGAUAUGCUGGACGUUGAAAUGGAUAUGGCCAUGGCCAUGGAAUACGGAAGCUUGCAAUCGUCGGUAUCCUUAUGA